AUGGCGAACCCAGAAGGGCUGCAGGUUUCCCCGCCGCCGCCGCCCCCUUCUUCUCCUUCGUCUUCAGACACGUCUUCAGCAUCUUCCCCCGGCGCCCCGGGGGGGUUGGGCUGGCCGGUUCCGAGCAGGAGCAGCGGCCGACUGGUGGACCCGCUGGAAGAGGUGGAGCUGCAGAUCGGAGACGCAGCAUUUUCAUUAACCAAACUUCUGGAAGCCACAUCUGCAGUAUCAGCUCAAGUGGAAGAACUUGCCUUCAAAUGUACAGAAAAUGCACGUUUCCUUAAAACAUGGCGGGACCUCUUGAAAGAAGGCUAUGAUUCCUUGAAGCCUGACAACUAA